AUGGCGGGUCGGCGGGAAUCGGAGGCCGCGUCGGACAGCGACAGCGACGAGACCAUCGUGGCGGGGUCGGUGCAGGAGAGCGAGGAGGAGGAGGAGGAGGAGGGGGACGAGCGGCGCGCGGACAGAAUGCUGUUUAUUCAUAAAAAUGCUUUUCAGCUGUACAAUACAAUGAAUGAUUUUACUUCAAGGAUGGAAGCUCCAUUUGAAGGAAGUUCAUCACCUGUGAUUCAGCUGAUACCUAAAACCAAUCUUUUGCGAUUACACAUGGAAAAUCACCAACAGCAAGUGAAAACUCCGGCUUAUGAUGAAGCAACACAGUUGGCACAAUCACAUACCGUACUAAGAUUUGGUGUGACAUGUGUGACUGGUGUAUCUAGCAGUGAUAGAAAUAGUUCCCAUGUGCCUCGUAUUGAUAUUGAACGUAAUUACUGUCAAGAAGAUUUAGAAGAUACAGAUGAAACCAUGUUGGAUAAUGACGUGAGCAAUGAUCAACCAGUCCACAAUAAUGAACAGGAAAUUUCAGAUGAUGAAAAUGCUCCAGAAAUAAAUUUACUUACUGGAGCUCUUAUUACCCCCUGCACACCGACAUGGGAGGGAAGGAAAUCAUUUGCUGAUGAACUGUCAGUAGGAAACUGCACAUCCACUGUGCAAUCGGUGUUUUCAAGACACGAGUCACUACUGGAAUCAUCUAAUGUUUCUAAUGCAGAGACAAUUGAUACAUUGCAGGGCUCACUUACACAAGUAUUACCCCAGAAAGAGAUCUCGGCACAUGAAAAUUUUGAACAAAACAAAAGCUUAAAGUCUACUAGCAAAAAAAUACCAAUAAUAGACUUGUUAAGACGGCUGAGUGAUGAAUCUACAGCUAGCUCUCUUACAACAAUGAAUCUCUCACCUCUAAUGGAUUCUUUAGAUGCAUUGAGCGUUGGUGCAACCUCAGUUGAAUCAUUAGCAGAAAGAAAAGAUGCAUUGCCUGUGGAAUUGUGGGCAGCACUCAACAAAAUGCCAUUAAUGGCACCAGUUCUUCCAGUCAAAGAGACACUAGCAUCAGUGAAUGAGAAAUCAGCAUUCAAUUCAUCCACUCAACGUGUUGUCAAAGAAACAUUACCACCAGUAAAUGGCAAAGCAGAAAAUGAUUCAUCCGUUCCAGAUAAUCAAGAACAGAAGGCUGGCCUAUUUACACUACACAGCAGUGACAAAGCAGUAAAUGAUUCAUCCUUGCAGGACAAUCUAGAACACGGGGCUGGUACAUUUACCCUGGACGACAGUGACAAAACAGAAAUUGAUUCAUCUUUUCAGGGCAAUCUAGAACACGAGACAAGUGAAUUUACAAUGCACAACAGUGACAAAGCAACACAUGGUUCAUCUGUUCAGGAUAAUCUAGAAUGCAAGGAUGGUCCGCUUACACUACACGGGAGUGACAAAGCAGUAAAUGAUCCAUCCUUGCAGGACAAUCUAGAACACGGGGCUAGUACAUUUACCCUGGACGACAGUGACAAAACAGAAAUUGAUUCAUCCAUUCAAGAUAAUCUACAUGACAAAGUUGGUAAUGCAGAAGCUGAUGAAGACCUCACACAAAUAACAGAUUAUGAACCAAACUCGCAACCUUCAGGGAAACCUGAACAUUUGGAACAGAAGAAUAUUGAGUUUUCGCAUGAUAAGAAUAAAACUGAAGCAGAUACGUCCAAGUAUGAGAUGAUGGAGAAGUCAACGGAAGGGAAAACUUUGAACGUGUCUCAUGAUAACCUGACAUCUGCUUCACAUCAGCCUAAUGUAGCUGGUCCUACCAUCCAACGAAAAUCUUCUAGAAAACUUGUUCCAACAGAUUCUUUGUGGUCCUGUUUUGAGUUUUCUACUUCUAAAAGAUUUCAAUUCCAAAAAAGAUCAGCAGACUUAAAGAGAAAGGCAGUGAUACCUGACCAUGAAGAACCCUCAUCCAAAUUGCUUCAACGUAGCGAAGAGAAGAAAGGGCCAUCCUCACAAAACUCACAGCUAGCUUUUAAGAAUAAUCAAGAACAUUGUUGUCAACAUGGAAUAUAUAAUAAAUUAAUAGACAAUAACAACAGCCAGAACUCCAAAAUGAAUAAUGCCUUUCAUACUUAUCUGCUGCGCAGUAACGUACAAAGCAGCCAACUAUUCAGCAAUUUACAAGAUUUCCCAAAAGUCAGAACCACGUCGCUUGGACAGAACAAUAAAGAAAGAGAAAAUAUGGUUGAAACUGAAAGCAAACUAAAGAGCAUACAACAUAGGUCGACAUCAACUGUGAAAGCACAUAAGAAUUCAAGAGAUGAAAAAGGAAACAGCUUGAAUUAUUCUGAAAUGUGCCAGGAUGGGCCACAAAGAAGUACAACAAAACCUGUAGACGAGGAGCCGGUCAUGACUCAAUCUGUUUCCAACCAAUCUGCUAUCUUAAAGUGUAGCAAGAUGAAUCAUAGAAAGAAUAUUUAUGGAGAGACAAAAUUGCUUAAAGCUGCAAUUAAUGGAAAUGUAAACCUGCUUCGUGACCUCAUUCAAGCAGGUGCCAACGUAAACCUUCCUGAUUAUGCAGGUUGGACAGCUCUGCAUGAAGCAUGUUACCACGGGUUUCAUGAAAUUGUGUCGGUGUUGUUAACUUCUGGUGCAAAUGUUAACUCAAAAGGGUUGAACAGUGUGAUUCCUCUGCAGGAUGCUGUCCACCUUGGUCAUCUGAAGGUAUGAUUUAAAUCUCUAUAAAUUAUUAUUCACAUCCUUUAGGUGGGCUAUUCAUAGCAACCAAAGUUUGAUACGUAUCUGCAACACUCCACCAAGCUGGCUGCUUGUCUUUUACAACCUCUGAGGACAAAUAGGCAGCAAAAUCUACUAGUGGUGAAGCAGCUGUCUUCUCGGCACUUCACAUUGACCCAGCAUUUCUGCCUACACCAACCUAUUACAUUUUGCCUCCCAUAUCCCUGCCCAAUUUAAAAGGUUUAAAAUAAUUC